AUGGCACCUGAUGAAGACGAUGAUGACCUAACUAGCAGGAUUGUAUGUGUCGACAUGCAAAACUCUCCCGUGCAGAAUGACCCAGUUUACGUUUUAAAACCAGUGGUGGUGCAAACUGCGAGGUAUCCACCACAGGCGCCAAUGAAUGAAAGAGUUACUGGAUGCAAUUGCGAACCUAUGCCGCGCCUGAAGAACCGUCAACACCAAUCAAGCGUCCUGGAGACAAUCAAUGAGGUGCAUGAUGGACCUGCACAAGAUGAUGAUGAACACAUGGAUGCUGCCAAUGAAAGUGAUGAUCACAUUGAAUGCUGGACUAAGAUUGUUCCUCAAGAUGACUGGGAGCGAGAACUCGAGCAAGUCUUUGUUCUAAGGCCUAAAACACGAUGUCCGCAAUAUCCACAAGCUCAAGAAGACCAGUCUAGUCAGAGCAAUGAUAAGGCAUGUGCAGAUACUUGUACAGACAACUGUGAGAAAGCUAGAACUGCACGUUGUUCUGUCGCCCAAAAAAAGAUAACAAAAAUGAUGUUCUGCUAA